CAUACAUGAAGCGUUGAAAAAUAGAGGGUGAAGGGAUGGGAAAUAUUGCGGGCUAGGCUUGGAACAGCCGGCGUGUCAAAUGUGUGCACUCCAAGCCGCGACUUAUGACACCGACACCACCAUCGGCUGCUCCCGUGCCACACUACGAAUCUUGGCAUACACAGUGGGAAUUUGCAAGCCCGACUCAAGAUUUGCAGCAAAUCCACUUCACGACAAUCUACACAAGCCGACAUCACCCACACACAAUGUCGACCACCAAAGUGAAAGCGGCCACGCUCUGGGGCAAGAACAAGGAGGACUUGACCAAGCAACUCGACGACCUAAAGGCCGAGCUGGUGCAGCUCCGAACAGCAAAGAUCGCAGGCGGAGCAUCGUCGAAGUUGACCAGAAUCCACGACAUCCGCAAAUCCAUCGCCCGCGUCCUCACCGUCAUCAACGCCAACCAGCGCUCGCAGCUGCGCAUCUUCUACAAGAACAAGAAGUACAUGCCGCUCGACCUCCGCCCCAAGCAGACGCGCGCCAUGCGCCGACGGUUAACCAAGGCCGAGGCCGGCGCCGUCACGGAGAAGCAGAAGAAGAGGACGAGGCACUUUCCCCAGCGGAAUUUCGCCGUCAAGGCCGAGUAAGGGGGGAGGCAUUGGGUUUUGCAGACAAAAACUUCUGAGCGUUUUCUACCGGGCGGGAAGGUGGGAGAGCGUGGAGGUGGAGGAGACGGCGGAGUGGCAUCCGGGAUGCUUGCAUGUGUAGCUUAGGAUGAGCUCAAUGCUACCUUUUCAAAGUGU